AUGGUUACCAGAGGCCAGCUCAAGGCCUCCAAGGCUAAGGUGGACCAGGUGAUACAUGGUCGUGUGACGAAACAACAAACGCCUCACUUGUCUGCACAUUCUGUCUCUCCACCUGGGCCUGUGGAUGAGGAAGUUGUCUGCGGAGAGCCCCCCGCUUGGGCAGAGACCCGGCCCGCACUGUGUGAUACAAUUCCAUGGUUCAAUUCUCUUCAAGGGGGUGUUUAUCACACUGGUAAGAUAUGUCGUGGGUUCCUCAUCGAUCAGGAUUGUGGUAUUCGCUCGUACCUUGAUGACGAGAUAGUCAUUACGAGAGUGGGCGGUGGCUGUCACAAAGGCGCCGACGGAACCCUGAUCCUUGACCGGAACCAGAGUGCAGACAAUGCACAAGUGAGAAGUGUCCUCAACAGCAUGGAACAACGUAUUGCAGUCGGAAUGGUCAUUGGAGAUCGUAAUGACCUGCUCAAAGCGAAGGUACCCCACAGGUAUAACGUGAUGGAUCUUUUCCGCAUUACACACGUAUGGUGGGAGGAUUUUGGGGGCAAGUCAGGCGCUAAGUUGCGCCUGGAGAAAAUCGAUAUCUCAAGCAAGAGUUGGUGGGCAGCCAAAAGCUCGCCAGAUCCGCUUCCCUUUCACGAGCGCAAUAGCUGCACGGAGCCCAAAAACGAUCAGUGCUCAUCGUGCGGAGAUAUCAGCCCCCAGGUAUACAGCCAGGGUUGGAUAUGUUUAAACCCGGAUUGCACGCAAUUCUGGACUCUGAAAGGAAAGAAAGCACCGAGGAAACUCGACUUUGAUGCAGGCUUUCUGGACUUCCGCACUCAACCAGUCUCCGACGUCAACAGUCAUCAUGUGCUGGUCCACAGCUUCUCCUCAUUCCUUGAAGGCUACAACGAAGAUGAUACUUAUUCGCGCUCUUCAUGGAAGGGCAUUGUAUGCCCAUCCUGCUCGAAGUGCGUCUCUCGCACACACUGGGGUGGUUGGAAAUGUGCCGAUGAUCUUGCACCUCCGACGAAGUCAUUGAAAACUGCCUGUGCUUUCGAGCACGUGGUAUCAAUGCGUCCAAUCCCUUUGGAAAAGGUCAUAGGUGGUGCCACCGGACCCCCUAUUCCACCAGUCCCCAGUGUGGCUCUAGCAAUCGAUAACUCCUCUGCCUUCCCGUAUGAGAUACGCAAAUAUACGAUGCCAAACGGGGUGGGCUCAAUUACUCACUAUGUCGCAAACCUUCAAUCCAACAGCAAACCACAUGGUCCGGACUCUAUGUUUGAGCAACUGCAACUGGGCGAAUUCGGGCUGAGGCGCUACCCUUUGCAGCAAAGUGUUGUUGCAGGAACGCAUACUGCCCAUUUUGCCGCCAAUUAUGGAAUGCCAUACAAAUAUGUUGUGUCUGUGGCGUCCAAGGCGUUUAGCGAAGCCCCCCAGGUGAUUUUACAGGCUCUGGGCCGUCUGACGUGGGCAACGGAAAAAGCGCUUGACUUCGACUACCUUCCUCCAAACGAACUACUCGCCCUUGGUUACUUCGAAGCAAUGAAGAUUGGGUACCACGAUGAUGGCGAAAUAUCGCUCGGUCCUACUAUUUCUACAUUGUCACUGGGUGGUCCAUCCGAGAUGAAAAUCCGGAUGAAAGAGAAAUGGUUUCAUGGACAGACCAAAUCAGGUAAAGUACUAGCCUAUGAUCCGGUACUCGAUGGGUGUGAGUUUUGGGCCGAGCGGCAGGCCUUGAAGGAUGAGUUCGAAGGCGGGGAACUUUCGAUAGACGAUUACGACAAAUUGCGCAGAGAAGUCUUCAAGAGGAGCCAGCACAGGGAUGCUCAAGCAUGUGUCACACUGCGGCUUCGCCAUGGGGAUAUUGUUGUGAUGAACGGAGAAAAUUUCCAGAAAUUCUACGAGCAUAAAGUUACGCCUUCCGAUAAACUUCGCUUUGCUUUGACUGCUAGAUACGUCAAGCCAGAUGAUUUGACUCCAGAGGAACUGGAAAAAGGAGAGUUUACCUUGACAGGCGAUCAGGUCUAUAACGGUGAAUGA